AUGCGAUUUACGAGAGCUCUGAGAGGCGGUGGAAACUGGGACUUGAUUCCCCCAGAGAAGAUCCCCUCCCCCAACUUCUGGAACAAGGUCGUCAAGGGCACCCCUUACGAAUUCACUCAAGUUCAACUCUCCAGAAAAGGUCUUCACCACGCGUGGACCAGACAUGAGAUUGCCAAGUACGAUACUGUUAUGCGACGAAAUCCUUACAUGCUUACUCUUUUCAACGACGAACUUCUCAAGCUCGCUGUAAUCAUCACCGCUGGCAUUAUUUUCGCCGAAGAAAUCUGCGGAUUCUACCCAUUCGGCCACGAUCCCCACCAGGGCCACGGAGCAUCUGCAUCUCCCGCGUUUAACGAUGUUCAAAUCAACGGAGUUCCCGAAGUUCAAGGCGACGAACACACCAGAUAUUACCGCGGCCAGAACUGCGUCUCCAACGACCACUUCAUGCAGCCCACGACCGUCACUCCUGAGAAUAAGUAA